AUGCGCGCGCCGUGUCUCCUCGUAUGGCUCUCCACCGUGGCCGCUACGUUGCAUGAGCCGUGGUCGACAACGGUGUCGUCCGAGGCCGGCCGCCUUCUCGAGGCCGCCCACGCCCUACGGGGCGUGGACCAACACAAUGCGACCGCAUUGUACACGCAAGUCACUGUCAUGGGCGACGCGGCAGCGACAAGCGAAGCCCUCUACGCAUUGGGGGACCUCGCGUUUCCGAGCGCUGACGCUCACAGUUUGUUCCAACAAAGUGCUGCUCUUGGACACGCGCAGGCGCAGCACGCGCUCGCCCUCCUUGCCGCAGUUGACGCCAAGCCGUCGCUUGCUACUGCAGUGGUAUACGAUACGUUUGCCGCGGCUAGUGGCGACUCGCGAGCGGCCCAAACACUCGGAUAUCGCGCUCUGUACGGUUUGGGCACACCCCUCUCGUGCGCGACGGCCUUGCAAUACUACAAGCAGCGAGCCGCGACCGUCGUUACUGACGGCGCUACCAUGGUUGCCGGCCAGUGGCGCAAGCCGAUAUCCCUCGCCGAUGAUGAGAACCGAGAUCCUAUCCUCGAUCAGUACAAGCUUACGUACGUGGCAGCGUCCGCGAUCAGCAGCAAAGACGGCAAGGUGCUCUUCCGCGCCGCCAAGCAUCUACUGCAGCGCGGCCCCACCGACUUUCGUCUGGUUCGGCACUGGCUCGUGCUUGCUCUCGCGUUUGGCGAGACGCCAGCGGCAGCGUACCUCGGCCACUUGCACGCCUUUGGCUGGGGCGGUCCUAUCCAUCACGCCAAGGCGCUUGCCGCAUACUCAAUCGCGAAGGAUGUCAAGGGCGGCGAAGCGCUUCUCGGGCUUGGCCUUCUCUACUUGUAUGGCCACGGUGUGGCCCAGAACACGGACGUGGCGCUCGAGCACUUUGACAAGGCAGCGCUUCAGGGCCACGCCGAAGCCAUGUACUACGUCGCCCGUAUUCUCACAGCCAAGAAGCAGCUCAGCCUUGCCGCUCGGUACUACGAAGCCGCGUCCAAGUCGGGCCAUGCCCUCGGCAUGCACGCGUACGCUGGUAUCAUCGAGAAGACGUCGGUCCACCCGUUUCCACGCACGUGUGCGCUUGCUGUCAACCUCUACAAGCGCGUGAGCGAAGCUAGCGUCCACCCGUGGCUCGACCGCGCCCAUGCGGCCUUUCACCGUGGCGACUAUGCUACCUCGUUCCUCCUUUACCGUCUCGUGGCCGAAGAAGGGUACACAGUAGCGCUUGAAAAUGCACUCUGGCUUGUCCAAGAAGGCUACGUCAUCGCCUCUGAUGAUGUGCGCCACCGGCUCGUCAAAGUCGCCGCCGCCCAGGGCAGCGGGCUCGGGAAGCUCCUGCAAGCCGAUGCAUGGUUGAAGACUGGCGAUUAUAAGCGCACGCUCGCGGCCUACGCGUCUCUUGUAACCACCCCGGCGCUGUCGUACAAGCACCGUGCGCCGGCCUACUAUAGCCUGGGCUACAUGCACGAGAUGGGCCUCGGUGUGCAGCGUAGCCGCGCGCAAGCGCUCGAGUACUAUCGUCAGUCCAUCGCCGUCGAACGACGCGUGACGCUGCCCAUCGAGCUCUGGACGUGGAAGUGGAAGCUGCUCGAUCUUCUCGGAUGGGCCUGAGAUGACCUUUGCCAAUGAAUGUGAAAAACGUAAUUCGCACGCGGCAAUACACCUGUGAAAAAUUGAAAAAACACGUGAUUCGUAU